AUGGCCGCCCCCACGAUGUCCACCAUGAUCGACCCAACCAAGCAGGCCGAGUACCCUAUCGUCCUGGGUGAACGACUGGCCAACAAUACAGGCUCAGACCGACUGAUCAAUGUCAACUAUAACUACAAGUCCAAAGCUGCAACACCUCAACAGCGAUCAACCAUCACCCGCUCCUCCCGGUCGCGCGAUCUCUACGACCUCUCCGUCACCGAUAAGCCUCCGAGCGCCGAUCACACCCUGACCUACUCAUACCAAGGCAGCGAAGACCCGACUGGCGAGCGAACCCUCGUCUUAGUCUUCGAUCCCGAUCGCAAAGUCUUCGUGCUGGAGCCGGUCUCCACCAAACUAAAUUUCAACAUACGGUCGGCCCCGGGCAAGACGGAGAAGCAAGUUCUGGAACAGUACGAGCAGUUACGGAUAUCCCAGGAGGAAGAUCACACAUCGUUCGAUGAUCGCAAUGGAGGAAAUACCAGCGAAGACGAAGGCCCGGCUGAUGAGAGCAAUCCCUACGACUUUCGACAUUUCCUUCCCAAGGAGGGUGCCGAGGAUGUCAAGCCCGCCUCGCGGAACUCUACGCCAGAGCCGGUAUACACCAGCAAAGCCAAUACGCCCGUACUACCACCUGCCAGACCGGCUGCGAAGCCUGCACCCAGACCCAAGACUCAAAGACCUCAAGCAAACCCUCUCCGAGAAACAAAGCGCGUCCAGAAGCCGCCUAUAAAGCCCAAGGUUCCCCGGGAGAUACCUGCCGAGCCGGUCUCUCGCGCAGAACCACCAGUCGACCAGGAAGACUCUCGACUGUCAGUGUCAGAUGCAGGCACUGGCAAUGGCUCGCAGCGAUCCGUUCCGUCCCCAGGUUCGAACAUCAUCCUCGACGGGGACUUGAUCAUCGACAUGGGCUCACCUCCACCCCGACGAGCCUUCCAAGUCAAUCCCUCUUUCUUCUCGUCGAAUAACACACCAAACGACGAUAGAGAUGGCGAUGAAUCCGAAGCAGAAAUUGAGUCUUUCCGAUUACCCUCCCCGGCCAGAGAUACCAAGCCUGCUUCCUCGGUUCCCGCCGAUACCGGAGAUGACAUGGAAGAUGACGAUGCACUGGCUGCAGAGAUGGAAGCUGCGUUUGAAGCGAGUGCUCGCGAGGAAGAGGCUCGCAGCCACCAGUAUGGCCAGAGUAAUUACCGUGUGGCCAGUGAUGAUGAGAGCGAGGUUAGCGAGGAAGAGUAA